CAGCACGCUACUGAAGAAAGAGGAGACAACCAACUUACUAGUUACAGCAUCAGCGCGCCUCUGGAAAGUCAGCUUGUCAGUUACAGCAGCACGUCCCCUGAACGAUAACGAAGAGGUAACUUUAGGUGAGAAGCCUGACCACGGAGACCGGGGUGAGAAGGUGAUGAAGCGUACUUCAUGAGCUGUAACCGAAAAACUACUGGCUUUUGGAAAGUUUGAGAACACACAAGGCAGCCAUUGCUGGGAAAAUGCAGGGCCAGAGAGAGAAGACAUUCAUAUUGAUCCUCGUUGCUGCGCUCUCUCACAGGGUGACUCAGGCAAAGGUAAUGGACAUGGUUCCUAAUGCCGUGGAUGACCAGUACACUCACUGUCGGGAGCAGAUGUUGAAGAAGGUUGUGGAAGGGGGUCUGCUGGAAGAAGAACUGAAAGGCAGUACAGAGUAUAGUUCUGCCUGGCAGGCAAAGCAGUGUACAAAAUUGAUCCCGGGAGGCGUCAAGCAACACACAGAUGCAUUGGUGGCUUAUGGACAUGGGGGAAAUGUGUUCAGAAAGAUUUUCAACCAAGCAGUGGAGACUCAGGGUGGGAAUGUCACUGUCUAUAACGGCAACUUCCGGUUCAAAUCCCUCCACUUCCUUCUAAUGGAUGCCAUGAGGCUUUUGAAGACAGAGAACUGCCAAACUGUGUUUCGUGGCCCAAGCAAAGAGUAUGAGGCACAAGUAGGGUCAGAAGUGCGAUUUGGGAGGUUUACCACAACCAAGGCCAAACGUUCCGACGCGGAGGAAGCUGCUUCAGACAGUGGGAUCCUUUUCAACAUUAUUUCCUGCACUGUAGUCAACAUUGAUGAGUACACUUGCUUUUCAGACAGCAUUGAUCAGCUGAUAUCCCCAGCAGAGGUGUUUAGGGUGGCAGAGGUAAACAAUGUAAGAAAUAAAGAUCACGAGUACAGAGAGAUCGUUUUGACAAGUUCAAGGACUCACAGCAUUGACAGCAUCCACGACUGUUACCUCUUCCCCAGAUCUACAAGUACGAAUCUUCCAUCAAUCAUCCCCAAAGGCUCCUCUACUCAAUGGCUUGGCAGUAGCCUGUCUGUUCUUGUGGUUGUAUCUCUCUCUAUCUCCCUGAUCACCAGGACUGAUCAUCUCUGAUAAACUAAAGUGUUGAAUGAUAAUAGAUGCGGUAAAGAAGUCAAUGGAACGCAGACCGUGGGGGAUAGAAGGACGCACAUUCAACCAAUCUGAUCUAACAAAAUAGAUAUUUGUCAAAUUAUCAUUUUUUAUGUAUUGUAACAUGCCUUGAAUGUGCUUACUAAAGUUUGAUUUGGAUCUGUCUGUUUUCACGGCAUAACAUUUAGAAAUAGUCCCUUUCAGGUUUAGUAGAAGUGACUGCUAAAGGCUAACUCCCAUUCGUAUAGACUGGUAGCAUAGCUAGCAUAGAGAAAUCGAUGGUGGUAGUAAGUCGUUUUUUAACUGUAAUGCAGUUUCUUGGUGAUGAUGACAUCAACAUGUAUUCGGGUUGACAUCCAUACCAGCAUUAUUCUCAGAUUUUUACCUCAACAUAGUGUGAAACACACAAACAAUAGCCUAAAUGUAGGCUAAUUUUGCUGGUGGCCAUUGAGGAGAUUCUGAAUCUUUUCCCCACGACAUCUUUUCCCCCAUGCGUUUCCAUGGCAUUUUCAUUGUUUUGGUUGAGUUCCAAUGACCUCUUCACUGCAUCUAUUGAAAAGGACAAACACACACACAGACACACACACUUGCAUGUAUGUAAUAUCAGUGCACACAGACACAGAUAUUCAUCAAAUGUGACAAAGCGCCAACCUGUCAAACCCCUCUUAGCAUAAUGAUAUUCUCUUGAAAAAUGUAUUUCUUUGCAUUUUAUUGUUUUUGUAAAAAAAAAAAUAUGGUGAAUAGAUAAUAUUAGAAAAUACGUUUUAAACAUUGUGGUAUGCAUUUAGCACAUAUUUUGGUAUCACAACAAUUGACUGUGGGUGGUGUCCAGUUUUCAUAGAUGUAAUUUAAUUUUCCUCUUGUUUUGUUAUCGAAUAAAGAAACAAGUUGAG